AUGCCAAUAUGUAUCGAAUGCUGUUGUCCCGUUUCCCAUCUCUACACCUCCUACAGCAAGGCCGAUGACCGCUCUCUGGGCAAGGGCGUGCGAUUAACCCAGUGUCCGCGUUGCAAACGGUUCGCGGACAAGUGUAUCGUCAUCUGCUCUUCAACCGCCUAG